ACAGCGUAGAAGUAGGGUGUGCGCGCCUCUUCUUCUCACUCCAGCCAUACACAUUGCUUGUGACCUGCAGUCGUGCUACAGCAGAACCGCCCACUUGAAGUCCACCUAACUCAGCUAUAAGUACUCGGUCAAGUCCUGAUGUUGACAAGGUUCUUCCCCGUCCAGAACCUCACUUCGAGCUCAAGAACUGGUAAAAUGUCAAGCUUCUUCUCACUAACACUUCAAACGAAGCGUCUGAUAUGAAAAACUAACACAUAAUUUUAUUGCAUCCAAACUCGCGAGUAGCGAACCGAACUUCUGCUCUGCUUGACCACUAACGCCUUCACCAACCAAUUCGAUCAGCUUUAUUUGAAGGCAAUAGAAAAAUGAUUAUUUGAUUAUUGACACGCAUUGCAAAAAAAACUUAUUACAAAAUUUACAUCAAUGGAUCGUGGCUGAAAAACUUGUAUAUAUAACAAAACUAACGAUUGCCCGAUUGACUUCUGCACGCGCUUGCGACGCUUGCUCGCUACUACCACAAGUAACUAACUUUGUAUUAUUUGCUCGUCAAUGUUUAACUAACUCACUAAAAUUCAUACUGCCUGAUAACCAACCAUUAUCCUUCGAAUGCACGAGGCUAUGACGUUUUUAUAGUUAUGAAGAUGCAGUGAACUUAAUCGAAAUCGGCACUGAAUUGAAAAGCGAAGUCAGAAGUGGCUUCCAAUACUUCAGUCUAAAUGAGCUGUGCGAGGUCAAAGCUCCAAGUGCAGGCAAUAUAAAAGCUAUAAAUAAAAAGAAACUAGUAUCUAUUUUAUUGUAAAUUUUAAAUUGUCGUGAAACUAGUCAGUUUGAUAAAGAAAUAUGUCUAACAGUGAAACUGUGCCAUCACGAGUGUCUAGUCUGUAAAACUAUUUAUGCAAUUAGUGAUGAAAACAAACAAGAAUGUUGCAUUUGAAUAAGUAAACGUAGGUUUAUGUGUGCAAUCAAAACUGAUUCAUAAAAUUCCAUCUGUUGUCGAAACAAAACCAAAAUCAUCGGAAACACGACUUUUGACCAAAAAAUAAAUGGCGUUUAGCUAAAGAAUUGCAACGAAGCGUCUCGAUCAGAUAAAAAAAAUCAGUAAAAACCCUGCAGCUAAUGUGAACAAAUUGAGACGGACAAAUCCCAGCGUUGAUAAUUGAUCGUAGAAAUGAGCGAAUUUUCGAUCGAGUGCGCGGUGUGCGCGAUCAGAUUCUCAGAGGAGGCGCUGUACGAGCAGCACGACUGCCACGGCCACGACGUGCCUCUUGCCAUCAAACUCGAGGCCCCGGAUGACGAGGAGGACGAGGAGAGAGACGUUAAACCUGUGCUCAACAGCGCCGGUCAGGUUGUGGAUUCUUCUGCACUUGUUACGAUCUCCGUUACUGACGGUACUAGCAAAGUUACAGACGGUACGAGGACCGUUACAGACGGUACGAGCUCCGUUACAUGCGGUACGAGCUCCGUUACAUACGGUACGAGCUCCGUUACAUAUGGUACGAGCACCGUUACAGGCGGUACGAGCGGCGUUCCUGGACCUAUAGCAUCAACCACAAGUGUUCCUAACAAACUCCCGCCUACACUUGAGAAAUUCAGGAUGCGACUUGCGUUGGGAACGAAUAAGCAAAGGAAACCUAAAAAGAAACCUAAGGGUAAUGCAAAACUUACUAAUAAUAAGUCUAGCUCGUCUAAAAUCGCAAACGAAAAGACUAGAAAGCUUAAAGAUAUUCAAGAGAACAACACUGAAGAUGCUGAGCUGGCCGUGCCAGUAGUGAAUAUCAAGGCAGAGCCCAUCGAACUGUGCGAGGUUGUCAACGUCAAAGAAGAGCCUGUGGAAUACGAUGAUGAAACUGCUCCGAAUAUUCGGGAUCCUUUGGAAAACUCAGUAGAAGAUAUCCUUGGCAUUGAAGACGAAGAUUAUAUGAUUGAAAACUUCGUAGAAUAUGACGAGGAAAUGUCAGAAUCGAUGGAAAUUGACGAGGGAGCUAUUUCCGAUGAUAGUGAGUCUCCGACGGUCAAAGAAGGCAGCUUGAUACCCGCAGUGAGACCGAGUACACGAGGCAAGCCUAUAGACGCCACGGACAACAAAGGAUAUGCAUGCUCGAUGUGUGACAAGAAGUACUUCGAGGAGUCAAAGCUGGAAGAUCAUUUGAAAGUAGCCCAUAAGACUCCCAGGCCCUACUCUUGUCCUAUCUGCAACAAACGCUUCAAUCACAAGAAUUACGUGAAUCUGCACAUGCGAGUGCAUACCGGGGAGAAACCGUACAAAUGCAACCUUUGCUCACGGUCGUACUCGCACAAGACGAGCUACGUGAUACAUAUGCGUAUCCACAAGGGGGACCGUCCUUACUCAUGCAGCGAGUGUGGCAAGAAAUGUUAUGACAAGUCUGGUCUCACGAGCCACAUGAGAUCGCACACCAAAGAAACCCCGUACCAGUGCGAAUGUUGUGGUAGGAAAUUCACACACUCGAAGAGUUUGUUGGUCCACAGACGGAACCACACGGGAGAAAAACCGUACGUGUGCCCGCACUGCGGCAGGGCUUUCAGGCAUUGGCAUAAACAUAAAAUUCACAUACGUCUGCACACGGGAGAACGACCGUAUAAAUGUACAGUAUGCAACAAAGGGUUUCCUAGGAACGAUGAGGUGAAGCGACAUAUGCGCAGUCAUACGGGAAUAAAAUCUUUCAGGUGCUCGAUAUGCGGCGUGUACUGCGCCACGCAGGCCAGCAUCACAGGACACAUUAACCUGCAUCACGUCAACCUCACGACCGACAGCAAAUACUUGCCAGACAAAACCAUCGUCGAGAACAGCCAGUCGGGCAUUCUAGGCAAGAAGGCCAUGCCAGGCAGAGGCCUACAUCGCGUGUUCGACAACACGAGCUAUGAUGAAUAUACAACCUCCAUCCCUGAGAAGCCUGCACUGCCUGGUCCAGUGCCACAAACCAUCGUGUCAUCGAAGCCGAUGACGCCGCAAGAAAAAGUCAACAACAAGAGUAUGACGUAUCGCCAGUUUCUGAACGACCAAGAGCAAGAACUGCUGGCCAAAGGUCUCAAGGUUGUCAGUAAAAAUGAUAACACUUACGGCCUGGCCCCUGUCUCGCCCAAGUCUUCUGGGAGUUUAGAUUCUGCGGCUGUCAAGGUGAAGUCCGAGCCUGGAGAAGAGAAAAAAGAAGGCAUUAUAGAUAACGUAUUUGUCAAAGUUCCACAUUCCAGGAAAUCUUCGUUUAAUUCACCUAAACCAGCCACCAGAAUCAUCCUCCCUAACGGUCCUAAUGGCAAUCAGCCUUUGGUGUUGGGGGAAGUUGCAUCGAAACUUUUCCUUAAGUCAACCCAGGCUUCCCCUCACAAAAUCCAGCCUAACUCCAAGCCAAAGACUUCCCUACUGGAAGAAAACGUGUCCCCUACGCCAACGUCGCCUGCGAAGUCAAGGCAAGACCCGACAGUGAAGAGCAGCGCCCCCACGACGACCAGCACGAGUGGUAGUAUUUUACAAGCCGCACUAACCGCAGGCAAGCCAACCACUCCCGUAACCGAGAGCAUCAUAGUGCUUAACAAGGGCAUGAGUGGCGGGGGCAGUUCGGAGGGCGUCGCCACCAACGCCCCGAUGGUCGUGUUAACGCAACCACAACAGCUCCUGCUGCUGCCAGGCAUCAACGGGGGACCAGCAAGACUGGUAUUCUUGCAGUCUAGUCCCGCUGCCAUGAUUCGGUCCCACCCAAACAUCAAUGGCGUCACCGGGUCUGAUAAUAUCACCAUUAAACAGGAGAAAGAUGCUGCUCCUGUUGUACAUAUAGAAGAAAGUUCCGCGCCUCUGUUUAUGUUUGCUAGCCCUCCUAAUGUCAUCCAAGAAUCUCCUGUUAUAAAACUCGAGCCGCCAGACUUCGACACUCAAAACAUAAAAUUAGAAAAAGACGACGAAGAAGCCUCGGAAACGUCUGAAGUUGUCCCUCCUCUCCAGACGUUUAUUAAACCUGAACCCGAGGAUUAAUAAUUAGUUCCACAUAGCUGUAUUAUAUCAAGUUUCGUGAGCAGCAUACGCAACUUUUUGCAAUGCUUGCAACGAGCUAAUGAUAACUUUGUGGGGAGUAAAGUCUUCGUGAGAGUGUCGUCACGAAGACAUCUUGUGUGCAAUGAUUCUCACUAUUGCACUAUAGCAUUCUCAAUGGUAUUUAUUAUUAAAAUGUUAGGUUAUUUAAUUAAGGGCAUGGAAAAUAACUUCCUACAUCGUGAUCCGUCUUAAUCUGCCCACUAUGGGCAUAUGAGAUUAUGGUCCCGUGCAGCGCCUAUGAUGUAGCGAAUGCUUUCUUGCUAGUGAAGCUCCAUCGACUAGCUAGUUAACGGUGCAGGGCGUUGCAGGGUUUACGACGCUUUGCUCACAUCGGAAAUGAGUUUAGUUUCUUUAAAUGACGAUUCUGACAUUCCUCAGGUUGUGAAUUCCAUAUACAGGCCAUAUCGAAUAGGCCUUGCAACAUCUAUUAUAAUUAAAUCGUCUCUUUGUUCUAAUUUUCUGUUGCGUCGUUCUGUAAAAUCUCAUGUACUAAAAAUAUUUUUUCUAAUUUUCUGUUGCAUCGUUCUGUAAAAUCUCAUGUACUGAAAAUAUUUUUACUGGAUGACAGACAUUUUAAGAUGAUAAUUUAGUCUAAUCGCUUUGCCCUGAUGGAAUCGGCGAGCCUUCUGCUGCUCAGACACUAGGCAAGCUCCUGCCUCAGAGAUAUGUUCCAGAUGUAUCUUUGCUGUACAUUAAUCCAGCUCAGCCAUGACUCGGUAUUUAUUGAUACCAUUAAUUGUACGACUUAUUAUUUACGUAAAUUUUUUUGACAAAUGAAGAAAAUAGGAGGAAGGCGUUUAUGUCUGGUUAUUUGAACGACUCUAGUCACUCGCCAUAAUAUUGCUAAUUUUCUGGUAAGGAUAACAUUUUGUACUCUAGCUUUACGGACGCAUGAUGUACGUGGUCGCGUGUGCCACACUUAGCGAAUUCAAGUGCAAUUUUCAAUGAAUUACGUUCAUUACUAACAGCCGUACUUACAUUGUGAAAUGAAUUCAUUCAUUUUGCAGUCAACUUUAUUUGUAUGUAGAAUACAUUUAAGGAACAUUGCAACCAGUAAUGGUAGUUUUUACUAAUCCGGUUAACUUAUUUAGCACUUUAAUCAACAUUACAAAAGCUGAGAUGUACAUUUUUCAGAAUUUUACAUUCCAUUGUCAUUUAGCUUUCCAUGUGUGAAUUAUGCACCUCGAACUCGUCUUAUAUUCAAUACGAAAGCGUAAUAGUUUUGAUAAUUCCUGACACUGCAGCAUUCCAACCUUGCGGGCAACUUGUUCACACUUGCUGUCAAGUGAUACAAUGUUAGUUAUUUAUUAUGCAAUGUUAUCUUGACUACAAUG